AUGCGAUCCUCAAUAUUGCGGCAAAGGCAGCAGGUCCUCCAAACUUGCAAAACAUCAACUCGACGCAGCUUUGCGACCAGCUCCUCACGAAACCCCAAUUCCCUACCAUCAAUCUGCCAAUCGUGCAGUAAAAGACCUACACACACUACCAGCCAAACACCCCUUCGGCGGCGCUGGCAAAGCUCGACCGCAAGCCCUCACUCGGCCACCGACACCGUCAGCGCCCACCCGGUACCGCCAACAUACUAUGAGUUAUUUCCCGAGACACUGCCGCAAGGCCCCCCGCCCUCAGGGCCCUUCCAUAUUGACGUCCGCGAAUUACGAAGAGAAUUUCUGCAGCUGCAGGCAGUAGCACAUCCGGACCGGCACCCAUCUCACCUUAAAGCCCGGGCAGAAGGGACAUCGGCGCGGAUCAACGAGGCAUAUAAGACGCUGCAAAACCCCCUACUACGGGCGCAAUACUUGUUAAGUCUGAAAGGAAUUGAUGUUGCAGAAGAUGAGACUGCGAGGGUCGAGGAUCCGGAACUUCUAAUGGAGGUGUUGGAUACCAGGGAGGAGAUCGAGAGUGCGGAGGAGGGAGAUCUAGAUGAGUUGAGGAGGAUGAAUGAAGAGAGGAUUGCGGCGAGUGAGAAGGUGCUGGAUAGGUCAUUUAAGGAGGACGAUUUAGACCUUGCGAAGGCGGAGGCUGUUAGGAUGAGAUAUUGGAUUAAUAUCAAAGAGAGUUUGGAUGCCUGGGAGAGGGGGCAGCCGGUUGUGCUUGUUCACUAA